AUGCGGGAGUUCAGUUUGUGCAUGGUGAGUAAAAUUGAAAGAAAGUGCAACGUGGCAGCACAUGAGAUAGCAGCUAAUGCUAGAGCUUAUGGAGAUUUUUAUAUACUGCAGAAUGUUCCACCAAAUGUCUUUCAUUUUCCCAGCGGUUGGAGCCCCCAGGCGCGCCCCGUCGCUCGCCCCCCUGGCCGCCUCACUGGCUCGUCGUGCCGGCCGCUGCGUCCGCUAGCUCGCUCGCCAGCUGCUGCAGCGCUCGUCGCGCCGGCCGCCGCAUCCCCGGCCAUGCUGCUGCUGGACGAGCCCACGUCCGGGCUCGACUCUGGCUCCGCACUGCACAUUGUCAAGAUGCUCAGGGACAUGGCCACCGCGCAUGGCAAGACCGUCGUGCUCACCAUCCACCAGCCCGGCUUCCGCACCCUCGAGCUGCUCGACCGCGUCGUCCUCCUUGCCGACGGCGCCGUCCGGCACCACGGCUCCCUGCCGUUCCUCGAGGCCCGCCUCGCCGGCUCCGGCCACUCCAUCCCCGCCCACGUCAACGUCCUCGAGUAUGCCAUGGAGACCAUCGACACCCUCAAGCCGGACGUUGUCAUCGCCACCGCGCUCACAUACCAAGAUGUUGCCGCGGCGGAGGAGGUUUGCACCCUGUCGGGGUGCUUCGUGAAGACGGUGCUGCGGACGCCGCAGCUGUUCGCAGCGCUAGCUCGCUCGCCUGCCCUGCUGUUGUGCCCGUGGCCGCCAGCCGCGCGCGCUCGAGCCGACUUGUCGCCGCCAGCCGUGUCGUGCCUGUGUGAGGCUCAGGGUUGCGCUCGCCGGUGCGUGGCUCCGGGCCGGGGCCGCUAG